AUGCUUGCUUCAAGGACCGCUACUCGGUUUAGGUGCUGGAGGGGUGCACGCCUGCCUCGCGCUCGUCAUCUUCAUGACCUUCACAAGCACCCCCAGAGCCGAUUUUUGCAGGUAUCAGAGGAAGUCCGUGAUGCCGUUGCAACGGGCAAGCCGGUCGUUGCUCUUGAGACGACAAUUUAUACUCACGGCUUCCCAUAUCCUGAGAACAUAGCUCUUGCUCAGCUGUUGGAAACAGUGGUCCGCGAUAACGGCGGAGUUCCUGCCACCAUAGGCAUUCUUGGAGGUGUCGCCCGGGUAGGAAUGACUGCGGAAGAAAUGGUUGAGCUGGCCUCGACAGCAGAGCAGAAAAGUGCUCUGAAAGUCUCCCGCAGGGACCUUGGGUACAUUUGUGGCCUGGGCCUGGCUGGGAAGAAAAUCCAUGGCGGUACAACUAUCUCGGGCACAAUGAUACUCUCGGAGCUUGCUGGUAUCAAGAUCUUUGGUACUGGAGGUCUAGGUGGUGUUCACCGAGGAGGCGAGAACUCUAUGGAUAUUUCUGCUGAUCUGACGGAGCUGGGUCGUACCCCCGUGACGGUCAUUAGUUCCGGAUGCAAGAGCUUCCUGGAUAUCCCCCGCACUCUCGAGUAUCUCGAGACCGAGGGUGUGUGCGUGGGUACUUUUGCUGAUGGCCGCGAGGGAUCAGUCGAUUUCCCUGCUUUCUUCACGCGGGAUAGCGGCAUCCGCAGCCCGCGGGUCAUCCAGGAUGAGGCUGAAGCCGCUGCGAUUGUUUAUGCGCAAUCAAAACUUCCGAUUCACUCUGGCAUCCACUUUGCCAACCCGGUGCCUCGGGAGCACUCUGUCCCCAAGCCGGAGAUGGACCGUAUCAUUGAAGAGGCCGUGCGUCUCGCCGAUGUAGAAGGCUACAAGGGCAGUGACAACACUCCCUUUGUUCUAGGGAAGAUUAAGGAACUCAGUGGCGGAAAGAGCGUGAUCGCCAAUCGCGCUUUGGUCGAGUCUAAUGUCAAGCGCGCAACGCGGGUGGCUGUGGAGCUGGCCAAGCUUGAGGAUCUCGACCGAGGAUCCGCAGCUCGACACAUGCCUGCUAUUCCGAGUAUUGUUCGAUCAGACACAGCCAAGGAUACUCCCAAGCCUAGCAACUCACCUCCCAAGCAAGAGGCAUCCCCUCAACUACCAGAAAAGGCGGAUGUACUCGUAGCUGGCUCGCUGGCAAUCGACUUAUCUUGUGACUAUACAACCUUCGGCUCGGAGCUCGCCCAGGUUGCGCCCGUGCCACACACCUCCAAUCCUGCAGUCAUCGGACAAAGCCUCGGAGGCGUGGGUCACAACGUCGCGGUUGCAGCCAGCUAUGUCGGCAGCGAUGUCCUAUUCUGCAGUGUGGUGGCAGAUGAUUUAAGCGGCCGAGCAGCCCUUGCAUCGCUUACAAAAGAAGGGCUCAACAACUCAGGCAUCCAAGUCCUUCCAGCGUCAUCAGGCACGCGGACAGCACAAUACGUAGCCAUCAACGAUGCCAAAAAGGACCUCCUCGUCGCCAUGGCCGACAUGGGCAUCGUCGAGCUCCCAGAGUACCAGCUCAGCUUUGACGGAUUCUGGGAACCUCUGAUCGAACGCACAAAGCCACGCUGGGUCGUUGUCGACGCAAACUGGCGGCCCGAGGUUAUCGCGAGAUGGACGGCUAUAGCUCGCAAACACGGAGCUCGCGUGGCAUUCGAACCUGUUUCGACUGCCAAAUCACGCCGCUUGUUUGGUCGUGAUGACAGCGGUGCACCCGCGGCUAUCGGCCCUGCGCAGACUGUGCCCAAUAAUGCCAUCAGUCUGGCUUGCCCCAAUAAACUCGAGCUGUCGACUAUGUACAUGGCAGCGCGCGAGGAAAUGCUCUUCGAAUCGUCCGGCUGGUGGUCUAUCAUCGAUGCUAUGGGCCUUUCACCUACUGGUUCACGCGAGCGCCUUGUAAUGGCGACCUCUGCCAAGCUGGUGGAUGAGGGUCUGCCACAGCAAUCUAUUCAGCUUCUCCCUUUCAUCCCCUGCAUCAUCACCAAGCUAGGUGCAGCCGGUGCUCUUCUAACCCAGCUCCUGCCACCUAAUGAUCCGCGACUGACGGAUCCUGAUUCUGCACCUUAUAUUCUGUCUCGCGCGUCAUCGGCUGAGGUAGCGUUUGGUGGUGUUUACAUGCGUCUCUUCCCGCCUGCUGCUACUUUGAAACCUGAGGAGGUUGUCAGUGUCAAUGGUGCCGGUGAUACCCUGCUAGGUGUCAUGGUUGCGGGCCUUGCAAAGUCCGCCUCGCCUGCGCGUGUCGAAGAUCUUCUUCCCCUAGCACAGGAAGCGAGUCGGAGGACUUUGAUGAGUGCUGGGGGUGUGAGCAAAGACCUAACAGGACUACAAGCUAAACUGGGCUCUAUCGCAUAG